AUGUCUGAGCGAGGGCCGGUGGUGUGCCCUGGAGACAGGCUCGGGCAGGAGAGCAACUACAUAGCUGGAGCAGGAACAUACGGCCGUGAAGGCUUCAUUUAUGCAUCCAUAGUUGGAAGACAGGAAGUGACAAGCGCACAGGGGGAUGCAGAAAAGAAGCUGCCCAUCGUCACGGUGACAUCCAUGAAGGGAGGGGGAAAAGUUGUGCCACAGAUUGGAGACGUUGUUACUGGAAGGGUGACGCGAUUGAGACAGCAAGCCGCGGUUGUUGAUAUUCUAUGCGUUGGUGAGCGGGCUCUGCAUACGAAAUUUCAGGGGCAGAUCAGGACACAGGAUGUGAGAGCAAAGGAAAUCGACAAGGUAACGAUCCCGACGAGUUUCAGGCCAGGUGACCUCGUGCGAGCUGAGGUCCUGUCCUUUGGGGAUGCAAACUUUUACUAUCUGUCCACGGCCAAGAACGAGCUGGGGGUGGUCUACGCCGAGAGCCCUGCAGGUGUCCCCAUGGUUCCCAUCAGCUGGCAGGACAUGCAGUGCCCACAGACGCAUGUCCGUGAGCGCCGCAAGGUCGCCAAAGUCGUGCAGAAUACCCAAGAGGCGUCCAAGUAA